AUGUCAAGAUCGAACGAUAAUAAUAAUGAAAAGAUAGAAGUUGAUUUACAAACCAAUUUACGGCGAUUUGAUGAACAAUUUUCGAAAGAAGUUAAAGAAAUUAUUGAUAAGAUAAUUCCUAAUAAAAUUCUUGAAUUAAAUCGAUUGAAAAGACCCAGAAAAGAUUCGAUUGAUAAAUUUGAAGAGGAAAUUGACCAAAGUCAAGAAUCUAUUAUUCGAAUGAGCCAAGAAUCUGUAGAUAUAAAUACAUUUCCCAAUAGUAAAAACAUCAUUAAUAUUAAUGACAAUACAAUUUUUCAAGAAAAAAAAUAUUUGAGAAUCAAAGAAUUGCAUGAAUUAUUGGAAAAAGAAGCGCAUCAUCUUUCGAUAUAUUGUUGCAAGAUUAGAUUUCAAAUGCAACAACAACAACGACAAUGA